AUGUUGAAGAUUCACAUGGAUGUGAUCAAGAAUCCGGGAGUGAACCUUUACCAAGGAAAAGACCAGCCAAAUAAAGGUAAAGGUAAACAGAAGGACGAUAAGAAAAAGGCGGCAUGUUAUGUAUGUGGCAAAGAGGACCAUAUGUCUCCAAAAUGCCCAGACAGACUGCUACCAGAGAGUCAAUGGAAGCAUCCGAAACACUAUGUUGAUUACGGGAAGAAGCUCAAUCUUAAUCAGAUUGGAGCAACUGUCCCAACUACAGCUACAGUUCCUGGGACUUCUCCAGCGACAAGUGUUAUCACUGGUGGAACAUCGAGUGUUGCGGGAAGCGUUAACACACCUUUGCGACUUGCUGGUACUACAGGUAAUCAAAUGAUGCAAGUUCCUUCGGGAAUGCAGCUCAUGCAGAUUCCAACUCAAGGUGGCGGCACUGUUACUGUCCCUUAUUCUAUGAAUGCUAACGGUGAGAUUGCGUUCAGUGGAAUGCAACUCAGCCAACAUGGCUUCACUGGUGCUCAAGUGCGCCAAGGAUUGGAUGCAACUCAAGCUCGAACUCCGCAAGUUGUGAAGACUGGCUAUAUUUUAUAA